GCCUCGACUCCACACCGGAUGUACGUCUGCUUGCCUGCAGCAGCGCAGUCUUUACAACUAUUUCCCCCAACUUGAGUUCUAGCAGCUCGGGCAGUGGAGACGCCUGUCCGGAUGGGGGACAAACCGCUCACCUAAUCCGUGUCGCUCCUCUUGACACGACCCGCAGUCGGGCAUGUAGCUACGCGUAUUUCCUCUACGUCUGUGUUUUUCUGUUAAAAAAUGGGCUCCGGUGGAAGGGAGUGUAUUGGAAGGGAUCUAAUUGUGAGAGCGUUUCGUUGCAUGCACAGUCAGCGUGAUCUGCUAUGGUGAUACUACAAGAAGCUAACCCCGAGCUAGCCCAGGGAUCGUUUUUGGGAGAUACAUUUUAUUGGACAAAGCUACAUGCUAACGUGUGAAUUAGACACUUCUUGUUAAUAUUCAUUAAAGUGGAAUAUCAAAAGGGAAUGUCGAACCAAGGAGUAAGGAGAAAUGGCCCAGUAAAGCUGCGGUUGACAGUCCUCUGUGCAAAAAACCUGGCAAAGAAAGACUUCUUUCGGUUGCCGGAUCCUUUUGCUAAAGUGGUAGUGGACGGUUCUGGACAAUGCCACUCAACAGAUACUGUGAGAAAUACUCUUGAUCCAAAGUGGAAUCAACAUUAUGAUCUCUACAUCGGAAAGUCGGACUCCAUUACGAUCAGUGUCUGGAACCACAAGAAGAUCCACAAAAAGCAGGGCGCGGGAUUCCUCGGCUGCGUCCGGCUCCUGUCCAAUGCCAUCAACAGACUCAAAGACACGGGCUAUCAGAGACUGGACCUGAAUAGGCUGGGCCCCAACGAUAACGACACCGUAAGAGGACAGAUAGUAGUGAGUCUUCAGUCCAGAGAUCGCAUCGGAUCCGGGGGACCAGUGGUAGACUGCAGCCGCCUGUUUGACAACGAUUUGCCCGACGGCUGGGAAGAGAGGAGGACAGCAUCGGGGAGGAUACAGUACCUGAACCACAUCACCCGCACCACACAAUGGGAGAGACCCACCAGGCCGGCGUCGGAGUACUCCAGCCCAUCCGGGCGUCCGCUGAGCUGCGUGGUAGACGAAAACACGCCGGUGAUGACUCCUGUUAACGGGGCCGUGGCCAGCGGACCUCCGGGCGAACAGCGUGUCCAGGAGCGACGGGUUCGAUCGCAGCGGCAUCGGAACUACAUGAGUCGAACACACCUGCAUACGCCGCCCGAUCUGCCUGAGGGCUACGAACAAAGAACCACCCAGCAGGGCCAGGUGUAUUUCCUCCACACACAGACCGGAGUCAGCACCUGGCACGACCCCCGAGUACCCAGGGACUUAAGCAAUGUGAACUGUGAGGAGCUGGGACCACUGCCUCCAGGCUGGGAGAUCAGGAACACCGCCACCGGCCGCGUCUACUUUGUUGACCACAACAAUCGAACAACACAGUUCACAGAUCCACGAUUGUCUGCCAACCUGCAUCUAGUGCUCAACAGCCCGAGUUCAAAUGGUUCCCGCGUGGCCCCGGACAGCCAAAACACUAACCUCAGUCAUCCACCACAGCUAAAGGACCAGGGUGGUCCCGGAGUCCCUCCGCAGGCUCUGUCUCCCGCUCAGCUGCCGGAAGAGGCGGAGUGUCUGACGGUGCCCAAGUACAAGAGAGACCUGGUGCAGAAGCUGAAGAUUCUCCGGCAGGAGCUCUCGCAGCAGCAGCCGCAAGCCGGCCACUGCCGCAUCGAGGUCAGCCGGGAGGAGAUCUUCGAGGAGUCGUAUCGACAAGUGAUGAAGAUGCGUCCGAAGGAUCUCUGGAAAAGACUGAUGAUAAAAUUCAGAGGAGAAGAGGGACUGGACUAUGGAGGAGUUGCUCGGGAAUGGUUGUACCUGCUGUCGCACGAGAUGUUGAACCCAUAUUACGGCUUGUUCCAGUACUCCAGAGACGACAUCUACACUCUACAGAUUAACCCAGACUCUGCUGUCAACCCAGAACACCUGUCGUACUUCCACUUUGUGGGCCGCAUCAUGGGCAUGGCGGUGUUUCACGGCCACUACAUCGACGGAGGCUUCACGUUGCCGUUUUACAAACAGCUGCUUGGGAAACCAAUCACGCUGGACGACAUGGAGUCUGUCGACCCCGACCUCCACAACAGCCUCGUUUGGAUCUUGGACAAUGACAUCACAGGGGUCCUGGACCACACCUUCUGCGUGGAGCACAACGCUUACGGAGAAAUCAUCCCACACGAGCUGAAGCCCAACGGGAAGAGCAUCCCGGUGACGGAGGACACCAAGAAGGAGUAUGUCAGGCUCUACGUGAACUGGCGUUUCCUCCAUGGCAUCGAGGCUCAGUUUCUGGCUCUCCAGAAAGGUUUCAACGAGGUCAUCCCGCAGCACCUGCUCAAGUCCUUCGACGAGAAGGAAUUAGAGCUGAUCGUGUGCGGCCUGGGGAAGAUCGACAUCGCCGACUGGAAGUCCAACACUCGGCUGAAGCACUGCACCCCAGACAGCAACAUCGUCAAGUGGUUCUGGAAAGCCGUGGAGUCGUUCGACGAGGAGAGGAGGGCCCGGCUGCUGCAGUUCGUUACUGGCUCGUCCAGAGUCCCGCUGCAGGGCUUCAAGGCUUUACAGGGUGCAGCAGGACCCAGACUCUUCACCAUUCAUCAGAUUGAUGCCAACGCCAAUAACCUGCCCAAAGCGCACACCUGCUUCAACCGGAUCGACAUUCCUCCCUACGAGAGCUACGACAAACUGUACGACAAGCUACUGACGGCGAUCGAGGAGACGUGCGGCUUCGCGGUGGAGUGAGCGCCCGCGUCGGUUCGCACCUACAGGACUCUGAUGAAGCGUCAUCGGCGCUGCAACGUGCCGGCUGGGUCGCCCCUCUCUGAGGAUCCAGCCUACAGUCUUCCUCUUCUCUCUUCCAUCAUCAUCAUCAUCAUCUGUUCAGGCAGCACAGUCGUUGUUGCCGUGGUUGGACUUCUUGUUUUUGCAUUCAGACAAAAAAAAAAAAAAAGAACAUAGAUCAAAUUCAAUUAGGAAACUUUGUUACCGGGAAAUUGCUUUAAUUAUUUUUUUUUCCCUUAAACACACAAGAACAAAGAUCAAGUAUUUCCGAGUGGUUCCUCCUAACCCUCCCCUUCCUCAUGGCUGCAGAGAUGGUGCUGGAGCACCGUCCAUUCAUCCUACCUCAGUGGAAAGUGUUCAUAUUUGAAGUUACUGAAAUGCCAUCUUUAAAUUCAAGACAGCGAUUCGUUUCUUCACACCAGCAGUCGCUUUGUAAAUUAAAACAGAUUUAAUUCUGAGACGUUCCGGCGGCCGCAUUUUUUCGUAAAGCAUAGACGUUGCGUUGCUAAAGCCCUUAGGUUUUCUCCAGUUUUGUUGAUUUACAGACAUAAACAUGUAAAGUCAAACAUGAUUCCUAUCUUAUUCUAGAUAAAACUCGGUAAAAUGUGGUGUGCAUUUACAUUCACUCCUCGUCCGUCUCUAAAACCUUACCGAUCCCCCAUUUCACAUCAAGUUACACCUGCAUGUGUUUUUGGGUCACACAGCUUAAAUUCCUGCCUGUUCAUAAUUUCAAAUAAUCUCAUUCAUCAAAAAUUCUUCUGCCCAAGACUCCCCGCAGCAUGAGGCUGCCACCACCAUGUCUCACCAUGUAGCUGAGAGGGGUUCUGGGUUUUGCCUGUAGCCCGAAACGUUCAGUUCGUCUAGCUCAGAAAUACAGGUUGCCCCGGCGACGGAUUGUUCCACCCGACCUGCUGGUCUCUGCAUCUCCUCCAGAGUCACCACAGGCCUCCCGGCUGUCGGUCAAAGUGGCAGCCGUGUUUAGAGAGGCUUGCAGUGAACACACAUGCAUGCCAGAUUUUUGUCUUCGCAAAGCCAUUUUGCUUUCACUUUCCAAUUUAGUACCAUUUUAUUUAUUCUGGUUGAUCACAAAAUUCCCAAUAAAACGUGAAGAAGUGCAUAAAGUGCUGGGUGAUGAUCCAUUUCUUUUUUUAAAAAUUAAUUUUAAGACAUUCUUCUGGUAAAAUUGCCUCUUUAUCCUUCUAAUAUAGUGACUGCAGUCUUCAAAUUAAACAAACAUUCCCGUAUCGCCUUGACGCGCCGCCGUACGACUUUCAGAAGGCAUGACUGAAAUAAAAGCCACUUUUUGAAAAUAUUCCAUCCCCUUUUUUUUUUUUUAAGGAAAAAAAAAAACGCAGGAAAAAAAUUGAUCAGUUAUGACAAAGAAAAAAGAAAAGUGGGAUUUUAUUUUGAAGAAAUAUCACCCAGCCCUAGUUAAACCAAGCCAAGAUGUGGGAAAAGUUCAAAGGUUACGACAUUAUGGCAUCUUUUGCAAGGCCCUGCAUGCAUGUGUGUGUGUGUGUGUGUGUGUGUGUGUGUGUGUGUGUGUGUGUGUGUGUGUGUGUGUCGGUGUGUCGGUGUGCAGGCAGAUGUGUUAAGUUUGUUGAAUCUCACCACAGAGCUGAUGAAACAACCCGCCCCGUCUCUCUGCAGCAGUGUGCAUGCCGGGGACACGAGUUAAAAACGAUCCUUUUUUUUUUUUGUUGUUUCUCCAUGACAUAACUGUGGAUUCUCUCUCUCUCUUUACACUUCAGAGCACUUUACAAAAUGCGCAGCGAUGGCCGGAGUGCCACUUUCAUGUCUGGAUUAAAGUAUAUCAUGUUUCCUUUUAUGUGUGUGUGUGUGUGUGUGUGUGUGUGUGUGUGUGUGUGUGCAGCCACGUUAGCUAAAAGGCAGAUUUAGAAAGUAUCUAGAGACCUGUAAUUUUUAAGUAUAAAUGUACAAAGAUAUAGCUAUUUUGUAUAUUGUUGCUUGUUUUCUUUUUCGGUUUUAAUUGCACGCAUGUUAAUGUCUUUCACAGACCUCUUUGCAUUCUCAGGUGAAGUUAGCUUUUUUAAAAUUGUUAUUAUUAUUAUUAUUAUUACAUUAGACUAAUAUGUGAAGAACCUAAAAUUGAGGAGCCCCUUCUCUCCCUCGUCGGCGGCCAUGAUCCAAAUAUUAACCUGUAGGUCACAAACUAAAGAUCUGAACAGCGUAGGUCGUUUUCUUUUUCUUAUGCGUCAAGCUUGGUUCAAGUCUUGAGUUGUUAACCGGAUGGACGUCUGAGUUAAUGUUUUACAGAUUACUGAUUUUUACAUACUCUCAUCCAAUUUGGAUUUCAUAUGCAGACAUUUAUUUGCAGCCAUGAAACGGUUUCAUAUCAGAUGAGUUCAGAACGUUCUUGUGCAGUUUGAGAGAAUUUCUUUUUUUCUUCUUGUUUGUUUGUAUCCAUAUGCAGGCUCAAAUGUAAUAUCUAAAACUUCUUUCUAUUUACCGAAUAGUUACUGGACUGUUUUUUUGUUUUUAAUGGAUUCUAAUCAUAUUUGCACACACACAGUUGUAUGUUUGUCUACUUCUGCCCUUUUAAUAUUGUUUUGUCUGUUUUUUUUCCCCCCUCGGUGCAGAAUUUUGCAGCAUUUAAAGCAACAAACCCGUACAUCCUGAUACAAGAACUCAACUAAAACGCAGCCUUUGUUUUAAGACUUUUUCAAUUUUUUUAUUGAUAGUUUACCUGUUCCAGACCACAGCAAGUCGUUGAAUGUUUAGGACACACAUCGCCCCGUGGUUGGAAACGAAUAAAACCUGGAUGCAACAUAGUGUACCUGCAUGUCUGUGUGGGCCCAGUAGGGCUGGAUUGAUUAAUCAAAGUGUAUGUGUAAAUUUUUAUUUUUUAUUUCUUGGUGUGAGUUUUAGGAAUUUUGAUUUAUUUCAGCAAAAAAAAAAAAAAAAAAGAAAGAAAACAAAACUGUUUUUUAAGACAUUUUUACGGCUUAUUUCCUUUGAUUUUUAUAUUUAUUUUAACGGUAUACAUGUGUGCAUAGUUUCCACAUUAGCUGCUCUGUGAGUUUGUAACUUACACUUGUACAUAAGGACAAUAAAGACGCAAAGUAAGAAACUUCUUAUACCCUUGCAGAACACUGAGCAAUAAAAAAAAUAUGCUGUUUGAACCCGACAGCAGUAUGUUUUAUAGAA